UCGGGGGCUUCCUCUUCACGCCUGCGAAUAGGAUACAUGAGCUCUGAUUUCGUUGAUCACCCUACGGCAGACCUGAUUCUAAGAGCGCUCCUGCUACAUGACAAAGAUCGUUUUGAUGUUUAUUGCUACUCCAUCACUAACCAUGCUAACUCCGAGUAUCGUCGGAGAUUGAAGCACCACAUACCUAACUUCAAGAAUCUUGCAAAGAAGGACUCAGACGACAAGUGUGCAGAGAUCAUCGCUCAAGAUGGGAUCCACAUCCUCAUCAACCUCAACGGGCACACUGCAGGAGAUCGCAAUGGGAUCAGUUCAUUGCGUCCUGCUCCAAUCCAGGUGGUUUACUUGGCAUAUCCUGGAACAUCUGGAGCUGAUUAUAUUGAUUUCAACGUUGUGGACGAUCAUGUUUGUCCGCCAGAGCAUCGCGAGUUUUACAGCGAGAAGCUGAUUAGAAUGCCACACUGCUACCAGGUCAACUCGUUUAACGAUCUCUACCAAGACGUGCUGAGGUCAGAGACGCUCCCUAAAAGACGCGAUCACUUUCUGCCAGACAAACCUGCAGUUGUCUUGUGCAACUUCUGCCGCCUGGGAAGAAUCUCUCAGGAGCUCUUCGAUGCAUGGCUCAGGAUCAUGCGGAGAGUGGAAGGAAGCAUUCUCUGGCUCUACAGUCAUCCCCGAGCGGCAGCUAAUCGUCUCAGGGACUAUGCUCGCCGUCAAGACUUCCCGACCGAUCGGAUCAUCUUCGCUCCUCCCUGUAGCCCCAAGUUGCAGCACAUGAAGCGUCUUACUCUCGCAGACCUCUACCUCGACACUCUGGUGUAUAACGGACACACCACCGCAAGCGAUGUGCUGUGGGCUGGUGUUCCCAUAGUAACAGUGAAGGGAAGCAACUGGCCCUCGCUGGUUGCAACAUCUCUUGCUCGCAGCGUUGGGUUGCCAGAGAUGGUUGCGACAUCAUUGGAGGAGUACGAGGAGAUGGCCGUUGAUCUCGCCAGCAACCCUGAGAAGCUGCAAGGAUUACGCUCGAAACUUUGCAGAAAUCGACUGACGCAACCUCUGUUUGACAAUGAGCGUUGGGUGAGAAGCUUUGAGAACGCCUUAGAAACGAUAUGGAAGACCUGGGAGAAUGGAGAG